AAGGUUAAUAACAGUCAAAUCUACACCAAUUUUGAAACUCCAACUCCCGAAACAUCUUCACAAUGGCGCUUGGAGCCAAUCUCGAGAAUACAGCUCUACGAGCAGCCUCUUUGUUCUGCUAUGUCAUGACUUGGAUUUCCGCCAUUAUUGUCACCGGUCUAGUGGGCAACUUUUUGGAACGAUUUUCGAACCGAGGCGUUGAUAUCGUGUACAUGGAAGUCAUUGCUGUCAUAACAAUGGUUGUGUACCUCGUUGGAAUGAUUUUGCCAUGCUUACCCAAAUAUGGCGGCCUCAUGGCGCCCAUGCAUCUCAUCUUCAGCUAUCUUUGGCUCACGGCAUUCAUCUUUGCCGCUCAGGAUUGGAGCCACCAUAGAUGCCGAAAUUCGAUCCCUCGACCUGGGCUCUGUAGCCGGAAGCAUGCAAUUGAAGCAUUCAACUUCCUUGCCUUCUUCUUCAUCUUGUGCAACCUCAUCAUUGAGACAUUCCUCUUCAGAGCCCACCGACGAACCAACGCCGGCACCACCGGUACUCACCAUGUUACCAAAGAGCGACCAGCUUCUGGUGUUUCUGGCGUGUCUGGAGAAACUGGCACCACUGCACAACCGCCGGCCGCUGCCGCACCAGUCAACAACGGCACCACUGCUGUCUAAGCUAGACAGACUUGAAUGGAAUUGAGGCCUCUCUAGUUUUGAUACCCACGUGUGUGAGAGGCACGAGUGUUUGUUUCCCUUUUUUUCCAGUCUGGAGAUACCACGAAGACAGAGAUUGGCUCUUCACGUUUCCAAGAAACAAGCAAAAAACCCAAGGCUUCGUCGAGAGCACCUGCACCGUAAUUUCUCGUCAAGUUACAUCAACUUGUUUAAUCAGAUCGACAUAAUAGUGUACCUUAAACAAACAAUUAAUAAUACGUAGUGAGUAAUUCAAAAAUAAAAACAAAAAACC